GGAGCUUCUCUGAGGUCCGUGAACGCAGCGCAGGUUUUCCAGGGAGUGGCCCCUGCACCUGUCCGACCUGUCUGCGGCAGCAGGAGGAGGAGGAGGUGCAGGAGGAGGAGGAGGAGGAGGAGGAGGACAGGGGACACAUGACUCCGGAGGAAUUUCCCUCCGCUGCUCCCGUCCUUUGUAUCGCGGAGUGAGGUGAGUGUGGGAGCCGCAGCGUGAGAGGCAGAGGAGAGAGGGACUCACAGAAGAAGAAGAAGAAGAAGAAGGAGAAGAAGAAGGAGGAGAAGAGGAAGGAGAAGAGGAAGGAGAGAUGUCGGAACAACCAGCCGCGAACCCCGCUGCCACCUCGUUCCCUGCCCCGACGAUCUCUCUCCCCCUGGGGCUGGAAGUACUGAGGACUUACUCUGGAGCUCUGGUCUGCUUAGAAAUAUUAUUUGGGGGUUUAGUAUGGAUCCUGGUGGCCUCCUCCAACGUGCCCGUGCCUCUCCUGCAGGGCUGGGUGAUGGCUGUCUCCGUCACCACCUUCUUCCUUUCCUCCGCCUACCUCGUGAUCCUCGUCACCGGCCUGGCUGACCGCAUCAACACCGACUGGAACUUCUUGGAUGUGUUUUACCAUUUCAUGGCUCUGCUGUUCUACUUCGCCGCCUUCGUGUUGGAGGCAGCGAUCACGGCAGCAAGAGGAGAAGCCCCCAACAACAGCACUGAAUGUGGGGGGUGUUUUGUACACCCUCGAGGCAACAUAUUGACAGUCCUGAAUGAAACGCAGUACGGUAUUAAUGUGGCAGCCACGAUAUUUGCAUUCAUAGUGACGCUAUGCUAUGGCUGCAGUAUGGUGAUGGGCUUCAAGAGGUGGAUUGUGUAACGAGAAAAAACAACGUAAACAGAUUUUUGAAAUGCUGCGUAACUUCAGCAUAAAACAUCACAACAUCCACCCAAAACUCCAGAGAAAACAACUGCCAAACUGUUUUUAUUUGAGGACAAACUCGAUAACUUCCCGAUGGGAAACUCCUGUCAGCGAGCGAUCACAGCGUCAAAGCUACACAAGGAAAGUGUGGAGAAAAGAAUUUUGCUUCAGUCAGAACAUCUGUCAAGAUUUCUGGAAAAUAAUAUUCCCGCAGGAUUCCAAUCGUCUGAGGUUUGGUUUCAAGCUCUGUAGGUUGAGUCUAUGUUGAAGGUAUUUUGUUAAAGGAAAAGUAGUUAUUGUCCAGUUAGCAUCAUAUGAUUUGUAUUCCUCCGCUGCUAACCCGAUGACUUCACUGCUUUGCCAGGAAAAUCUAUGUGGGAAGUUUGGGAACGCUUUGAGGCUCAUUCGGGCUCAUCUUACGAGAUGCAAGUGACGCCUCUGACAGUUAUGGUUUUGUUUUCUUACCCGCUUUGUUAAUCAUACAGAUAUUGACCCAUUUCCUAAUAUUUCCCAUCGCCAUGACCACAAUAACCCGUCCAUGCUCUGUGUAUGCAGCUUUAAGGAUAUGCACAACAAGACCUGAUGGAAAAGACCUUGAAAGGCAAAGUGAUGGUUUUUACUGACUUCCAGUUACUUUGGUGCUAAAGAGCUGCAGAUUCACCCUAGAUUAAACAUGUGGCCAUUAUUUAAACUAUGAGUUUAUCUGAUAUUUGAAUUUCAAAGGUCUGAUUACUUGUUAAGAGCACUUUUUGUCAAAUUUUCUCAGUAUAUACACCCUAAAUAUUUUUCACCAAAUUGUAACUAUUGUGCUAUUCAGUCAAUGUAGUGUCUGUUGCUGUUUAAACUUGAGUGCUAACUCUUGUGACCAAGGUCUGGAUUCAUUUGUUUUGAUGCGUUUUACUAAAAACUAAUAAUCUAAUCUGAGCAUCAAUAAUAAUGUUUUUAUCACCUGCUAUAUUUCAAAUAACAGUGAUGGGUGGACUGUUUAAUAUAUGUGCUUCAAGUUGUAGGUUUUCACAGUUUGACCAUUAUUGUUUUUGUAUGGAUACAUCAUUCAAUUUUCAUAAUGAAUAAUUUUCUUAUUUUAACAUGAUUCAUUAGAUGUAUUUAUUGAGUACAUGUGUUAGCAUGAGGCUAUUAACAUGUUAUUUGUAAUUUAAGUAGUUCUAGAAGAAGAAUCUAUAAUUUUGCCAUGUGCUGUUUUUAAUGCAUUGUAGAGCUACUGAAAUAAAGGUUUUUGAAGAAGAA